UCUCCACUAAUCCGGUUACGGGCACGCUCCUCAUGCAUGAAGUAUUGAUCCACCUUUGUUUCUGACAAAAUCGUAGAAAAUCCAACCAGUUUCGAUUUUUUGUUAAUAACCUGAGCGAUAGCAAAGCGAAUGAAAAGAUUUUAGCGAAAUAGUAUUUCGAUUAAUUAAUCUCCAUUAUCCAGUAAGAAUGUCAAAUUGAAAGACGCGCAGUUUUGGAGUUUCUGAACUGGAAAGUUAUCCUGCGCAGUACGCUCGUGUGCAGCAUCUGAGAUGUGAAGGGGCAACAAAUUCGCGUUCAUCUCAGAUGUUUAGUAAAUAUAACAGCCCUUAUUCACCAGGAAAUUGAACUAUGUAUCCGCUGUUAUCAGUUUUGGUGGUGGCCAAGGUUGUGGUAUUAGCAUCUACUGUAUCGAGUACUUCCGUGAACAACAACUCGACAUUGAACUGUUAUCAGUGCAAGAAAACUUCGUUUACAGAGUGCCCAUCGACUGACCUUCAACCCUGCUCGCCAGAUCAAAAUAUAUGUGUAACGAUCAUCUCAAAAAGUGUGGCUGAUGGAUUUUACAUAAAACGAGAAUGUGGAAAAUCUCCAUGCAGAUUUGAAGAUGAAGACGUAAAUGUCAAUCUUGGAUUGGAAAGGUGCGACCUGAAAAAGAAGGAAUACUUUUGCUUCUUUUGUUGUAAAGAGAAUGGUUGUAAUAAAAAUAAUGAUGGACGGAUUAUAAGACCGGUAGAAAUGUUAUAUCUCAUUGUUUUGUAUGUACCUUUUUCAAUGUUCGUAAAUAAAUUGUGUCGAUAGUUUGAUAAA